AUGCGAUAUUUGCUCCUGUCGAAGGUUACGCAGCUGCUUCUGCUGCUGCUGCUAAUGCUCUUCGCGGCUGUUUCUGCGCGAGCGGACCCGGUAGUGACGGAUAAAGUGUACUUCGACAUUACCAUCGGCGAUGAGCCGGUGGGUCGUGUCGUGAUUGGCCUUUUUGGCAAUGACGUACCCAAAACCGUGAAGAACUUUAAGCAGCUUGCUAGCGGCGAGAACGGUUUUGGGUACAAGGGCUCCAUCUUUCACCGCGUCAUCCGUAACUUCAUGAUUCAGGGCGGUGACUUUACGAACUUUGACGGGACGGGUGGGAAGUCCAUUUACGGUGCGCGCUUUGACGACGAGAACCUGAAAAUCAAGCACUUUGUCGGUGCCGUUUCCAUGGCAAAUGCGGGGCCCAAUUCAAACGGCUCUCAGUUUUUUGUGACCACGGCGCCCACGCCUUGGCUUGACGGCCGGCACGUUGUUUUCGGAAAGGUUGUGGAAGGGAUGGACGUUGUGAAGAAAGUGGAAAACACCAAGACGGGAUUGAACGACAAACCAAAUAAGGCAGUGAAAAUUAAUGACUGUGGAGUACUGUAG